AUGGAGGCGAUGAUUCGAGAUGAGGGCGGGCUGGAGCAGGAAACGGGGAAGGGCCGCGGCAGCGACGGGCUGGUCGAUGUGGUGCUCGCUCCGGCCCGGUGGGGACCUGCCAAGCGGAAACGAGUGCUGGCCGAAGCGGGGAUGCACCUGCUCUUCUUUUUGGUGGGCCUCGCGCCAUGGCUGCUCGUCAACGCCCUCUUCAUGCAGCUGCCGGUGUUCAUCGCCGAGCUGCCAGAGGGGAACUCGAUCGCGUCGUACCUGAUCAUCAUCAUCCAGCUGGGCAACAUCAUCCCCAUCGGGUACGUGGUGGUGCGGCAGUACAUGCGCGUACCCUACAACUGGGUCAUCGUCGGCACUCUGGGCUGCGGCAUCGCCACCGCGAUCCUGCUCGGCGUCUUCUGGGACCACACCGCGCACCUGUUCGACUCCACGCGAAGCGUGGCGCUGAUGGUGCUGACGCUGUUUGCGGGGCUCGUGGGCUGCUUCGCCGUGGUCUCCUUCUUUCCCUUCGCUUCCCUCUUCAAGCACUCCAUCACCGCGGCCCUCUCCACCGGCAUGGGCAUCAACGGACUCGUGCCGUCGCUGCUGGCGGCCAUUCAGGACCCCGGAGGAUCGAAGCGGUUCAGCGUGGCCGUCUUCUUCUUCAUCAUGGGCGCCUGCCUCGCCCUGUCGCUCUUCUCCUACGUCUGCAUCCUGCUCCUCAUGAACUCGGCCCGCGUGCGGCAACACCUCGAAGGCGCGCCCACGGACCAGGAACCAUCAUCGUACGCGCAGAGCCAGCGGCUCUUAUCCAAAGCCGCGACGACUGGGAGCGAUCAUGAGGAGGUGGAAGGCAGCUCGCGUGUCGUGGGCGAGGCGGACGACGAGCUGCUGUUGCCCGUGGGGCCUCUGCCUUCGCUUGCCGUGAUCCGAUUACUAAGCAAUCCACUGCUCAACCAGUUCUACAUCUGCUUGAUCAACUACGUGUUGGUGGGGAUGCUGCCCUAUGCGGUGUCGGGCUACAAGGACUCGGGGACGUGGCUCAUGUGGACCAACAUCGCCGCCACUGUCACCAGCUCGCUUGGUCGCUUCCUAUGCACCUGGUUCCGCUACUACUCCCUCACCUGGGUCAGCUUGGCGCAGACGCCGCUGUGGGUCUUCUUGAUGGUGAUCUCGCUCCUCGGUGAUAGGAGUCUUGUGCCAGAGAGUCUGGCAUUCCUCAUCGUUGUUGAUAUCCUUGCCACCCCUCCCACGUCGAGCGUGUGCGCAUUACCGAAUGCGCUGUUCACGCUGCUCAACGGGUGGGAGGACACGAUGGCCUACAUCAAGGUCGCUACCGAACACCCCGAGAUCGCCGAGAGGGCCUCCACCUUUGUCGCAGCCGCCAACCAGUUGGGCGCCUUUUGUGGGUCGCUCGUUUCGUUCCUUCUGGUCAUGGUCUACCUUGAAUAG